GGCAGAUAGCCCCAACACACCACCCUGCACACAGAAAAUACUCAUUGGUCUUCACUAGUGAAAUAAGCAAUGGGUUGCUAAGGGCCAACUUGCCUGAACAGGCUACACAAGAACCUCAGAGCCCAACCCAUUGUGAAGAAACAUGGGUUACUUCUGAGGUUCUAGAAUUCCCAGAAGCUCUGCUUCAGCACUGGGAGCUUUUGCUUGCAGUUUGCUUCAUAGCUCUGUGAAAAAGCUGUGGCCCACACUGGGGUCCCCUCUUUUCCUAAAUCCAGAUGAACAUGUUUCUCUUACUAAUGAGUCUUUAUCUGCUUGGAUCGGCCAGAGGAACAUCAGGUCAGCCUGAUGAGCUUUCUGGCUCCAUAGAUCAUCAAACUUCAGUUCAGCAACUUCCAGGUGAGUUCUUUUCACUUGAAAACCCUUCUGAUGCUGAGGCUUUAUAUGAGACUUCUUCAGGCCUGAACACUUUAAGUGAGCAUGGUUCCAGUGAGCAUGGUUCAAGCGAGCACACUGUGGCCGAGUACACUUCUGGAGAACAUGCUGAGAGUGAGCAUGCUUCAGGGGAGCCUGCUGCGACUGAACAUGCUGAAGGUGAGCAUACUGUAGGUGAGCAGCCUUCAGGAGAACAGCCUUCAGGUGAACACCUCUCCGGAGAACAGCCUUUGAGUGAGCAUGAGUCAGGUGAACAGCCUUCAGAUGAACAGCCUUCGGGUGAACAUGCCUCUGGUGAACAGCCUUCAGGCGAGCACGCUUCAGGUGAACAGUCUUUGGGUGAGCAUGCUUUGAGUGAAAAGCCUUCAGGGGAACAGGCUUCAGGUGCACCAAUUUCAAGCACAUCUACAGGCGAGCCACGUUUGGGCACAAUAUUAAAUUGCUACACAUGUGCUUAUAUGAAUGAUCGAGGAAGAUGUCUUCGUGGAGAGGGAACCUGCAUCACUCAGAAUUCCCAGCAGUGCAUGUUAAAGAAGAUCUUUGAAGGUGGAAAACUCCAAUUCAUGGUUCAAGGGUGUGAGAACAUGUGCCCAUCUAUGAACCUCUUCUCCCAUGGAACCAGGAUGCAAAUUAUAUGCUGUCGAAAUCAAUCUUUCUGCAAUAAGAUCUAGAAGCCUGGGCCCUUGCUUGUUUUGACUCAGGCAGUAAAAAGCCUCCAUCACUCUAUUUGGCUCAUUUUAUAUUUAGUUCCUUCCCCAGUCAACAACUGACCACAUCUGCCUCUGCCUGAGCAUUAGGAUGCUCAAACAUCCUAUCUUUCUUCUUCUAUUCAUGCUUUUAUCCAUUCUUCUCUGUCCUGUCUUCCCUGCUCCAACUCUCUCUCUCAAUAUUCCUGAUUUUUUUUUUUCAAUAAAUUUCACAUGGUUAAAGCA